ACUACAUUAUGCCUCGGAGUCUUCCUGUGUGUGUGAUGGUGUUGAGUGGUGUGGGUUGCUCUGGCGAAGUGGGGUCUCUGCUUAGUGGUGUGGGAAUUCCACAUGUGAAGGUAUGAAAAUUCCUGAAACGAAUGGGGAUUAAGGAAUUCCCCAGCGUCUAGAAAACCUAGAAAACUACAGACAAAAUCGAGUUGUUAAUAAUAAGAAGAAGAGCGGAAAAUUGAAAAGUUAUCGAGUGUCCUAAGAUCGCUGAGCAGAGACCACUUCCCUCAUUUGCAUUCGGGAAGUGAAAAUGUCAACGUGGUCUCCUAUCAAUACGGUGGUUAUUGCAGGUGCUUGGGCUGCGAAGAAGACUGGGUGGAAUUCAGCAGGAUGUGGGAACCCGCAAAAACGACAUGUGUUGGUGUUCCUGGGCAUGGUGGGCGUCGCCGUAGACUACUUGGUAAGGUACAGCAUCAGUGUUGCCAUCGUUGCCAUGGUGAAAGCCCCUCACAUGCCCAUCAACGCAACACAUGAUAAAGAAAUAUGCCCGGCAGCUAUUAACGCAACGAACGGAGGGGGCGUUGAUCCUCACGCCGACGGAGAAUAUGACUGGAGUGAGGAGAUGACGGGAAUUAUCCUUGGGAUGUUCUUCUGGGGAUAUUUCAUCACAAAGGCGGCAGGCGGCCGUAUCGCCGAGUUGGUGGGCGCGCGUGUGACCAUGGCUGCGAGUCUCGGUGCGUCGGGUCUGCUGUCCUUGUUGUGCCCGACCGCCGCCAACCUCCACCCUCUGGCGCUGGCGGGGCUUCGGCUGGCCAUGGGGCUGGUGCAGGGGCCCGCCUUCCCCGCGCUCUACAGCCUGCUCUCGAGGUGGUCCCCGCCCGACGAGCUCGCGACGAUGGUCUCCGUCGCCUUCUCUGGUAUGCUCUUGGGGAACAUGGUGGCUCUGGGCGGGUCCGGCUUGGUGGUGGAGUGGUUCGGCUGGCGUUGGGUCUUCUGGAUCGGCGGCUUGCUGGCUCUUGCGUGGACGCCCCUGUGGCUCGCCCUCGUCCGCGAGUCGCCCGAGGAGCACCCCUCGAUCACGCCCGAGGAAAAGAGUCUCCUGGCGGUCAACCUCGAUGUCAGACCAAGGAAACGCGUUCCCUGGGGCCACGUCUUCAGAUGCUGGACGUUCCUGGCCGCCAUCGUCGCCGAGUUCUCAGGAUCUUGGAUGGCGGCGCUGCUCACUACGGAGGCGCCGACGUUCCUCACAAACCAGAUCGGCUUGAGUCUACGGUCCGCUGGGUACGUGUGUGUGGUGGGCACAGCCGUCAGCUACUUCUUCGCCAUCUUCUACGGGAAACUGAGUGACUUCCUCAUCCAACGGAACUACCUGACGAAGGUUAACGUCAGGCGUCUCUUGUACGCUGUCGGCUUCGUGAUCGUCUGCAGCAGUUUGAUGGGCGUCGUGCUGGCCAAGUGCGAUACUGUGACCGUGUCCGCUUUCGUGGUUGUGGCCAUGGCAGGAGCUUCGGUAAAUGUGGCUACCUAUCAGCUCGCUCCUAUGGACUUGGCGCCGAAUUAUGCAGGCACACUAUCGGGUCUUAUCGGCAUCGGCAACAUCGGAAGCUUCGCGGCUCCGCUGGUCACGUCCAGGAUGCUCGUGGAUCUGGAAAAUGGCUGGAGCGCGAGCUUCAUCCUCGGUGGCGUCAUCUAUUUUGUCUUGGGAGUAUUAUACAUUUUCGUUGUACGAGCAGACAUCGAGCCGUGGAAUUACUACGAUGAUUUAGACGAGUGAGGAAAACCCCCCAGCGAGAUAGAGAUGCAUUUGUUGGGUAAAUGUUGUUGUAAAAUCGGGGGUCGACGCCAUUUUGUUUUCUUUUCAAUCCUUAAAAGUUUUCAAAGAUCCCAAAGGUCGUCUCCAGGUAUAUAAUAAAAAAGGUGCUUUUAAGUAUAUUUCUUAUAUUGAAUCUUAAAUAUAUUUAUUAUUUAUUAUACAUCAAAUUACAAAAACAUGCAGAUAAAUUUGACCUUCAGAAAAAAGAACACUCAGACGGACCAACGGAAAUGGCACAGACUUUUACCAGAUUUUACCCGUGUAUUGCGUUUUGAAGUGUACGCUUGCUUUAAGAAUUUCUGUAACGAAAGCUUUAAUAAACUUAUG